GGAUGAGUGGUGGGUGUGUGCUCUGUGGCAGAUGGAUGUAUGGGUGUGUGGGUGUAUGGGUGUGUGGAUGUAUGGAUGUAUGGCUGUAUGGUUGUAUGGUUGUAUGGCAUUUAUGAGAUGAAUGUACGAACUGCGGCUGAAGAAAAGAAGAGGUACCCGGGUAGAGGAGAGAGAGGAACUUUAUUUAUAUUUCAUUCAUGUUCCCUUUCAGUGUGAUCUUGAUCUUUGUCUUUACCUCUCCCUUUACCUCUCCCUUUACCUCUCUACCUGUGCCGUUACAUAGGUUCCUGACCAAGUAUCAACCGCUCAUACGAUACAAGACAUUCAGAUUCCGUUCCAUUCAAUAAAUUCCCAUUUAAAAACGUUUCAACCCGUCAUUUCUUUGAACCCUCUCAGGAUCUCUUGCCAGGCUGUUCAACCCCACUAAGACAUCUCCGCAAUAACAUCUGAGCAUCUGAACUUCUUACUUGAGAAGAGUUUCUCUCCAACUUUCCCUCCAACUCGUCAUAUUCUACCUUUGCGCAUCUCCCGAUUGCAUAUCGAAAAUCAUUCAAGAAGCCAUUUGAGGAAGGAUCAAAUAAUUGAGGUCGCAAUAGCUAUCUCAAGAACGCAGGCACGAUGAGUUUCUCUGGUAUGCUCAACAAGCUGCAUGGUCAGCCAGAAAGCUACGAUAAAAAAGCCAAAUACAAGUUUGGUCGAACCCUCGGUGCUGGUACCUAUGGAAUCGUCAGAGAGGCAGAUGGCCCAACAGGAAAGGUCGCAGUGAAGAUUAUCCUCAAGAAGAAUGUCAAGGGAAAUGAACAAAUGGUCUAUGACGAACUUGAAAUGUUGCAGAAGAUGAAGCAUAAGCAUAUCGUCAAGUUUGUGGAUUGGUUCGAGUCGAGAGACAAAUAUUACAUUGUUACACAGUUGGCUAUUGGUGGAGAGUUGUUUGAUCGAAUUUGCGAACAAGGAAGAUUUACGGAAAAAGAUGCUUCGCAAACUAUCCGUCAAGUUCUCGAGGCUGUGGAUUACCUUCAUGACAAUAAUGUUGUUCACAGAGAUCUCAAACCUGAGAACUUGCUCUACCUCACUCAAGAUCCUCACUCCGACCUCGUACUCGCAGAUUUCGGUAUCGCCAAAAUGCUCGAUACAAAAGAUGAAGUUCUUACAACAAUGGCUGGAUCAUUUGGUUAUGCCGCUCCUGAAGUUAUGUUAAAGAAGGGUCAUGGAAAACCUGUAGACAUGUGGUCCAUGGGUGUCAUUACCUACACACUCCUCUGCGGUUACUCUCCUUUCCGAAGCGAGAAUCUUCAAGAUCUUAUCGACGAGUGCAGCAAUGCUAGAGUCAUUUUCCAUGAGAGGUAUUGGAAGGAUGUCAGUGAAGAUGCAAAGGAUUUCAUUGGUCAUCUUUUACAACCACGUGCAGAUGAUAGAUCUACAAGCAAGGAAGCACUCGCGCAUCCAUGGUUAAGCGGAGAGAAUGCCACCGAUCACAAUUUGCUUCCAGAAAUCAAAGCCUACAUGGCCAAAGCCCGUCUUCGUCGUGGUAUCGAAAUGGUCAAGCUCACCAAUCGUAUCGAAAUGCUCAAAAUGCAAGAAGACGACGGCGAAGAAUCAGAUGUUCCCGGCAAUGCUGCAGCCGCCGCUAGCGAUGCUAUUCCUGGCAGUCCAGAAAGAAAAAAUACUGGUUCAUCUUCAGCUUCAGGAUCUACAUCUCCUGGAGAAAAGAGGAGUUUGAGUAAAAUAGCCAAGGGAGCUAUUUUUAGGGAAGUGGUAUUGGCGAAGGUUAGAGAGGUCAAGGCAGAAGAGGCGGCAGCUCAAAUUGAGAGACAGGCGACUGAGGCGGCCAAGAAGAAGUCCACUCAUUAAAUCAAGUUCUAUUGGCCUCUGCGUUUCUCAUGGUGAGCGUUGGAUGAGAUGGGCGACAAAGUUAUGUUGCCCGGGUUGUAUGGGGAUUCUUUCGAGCUUGGCCUGGGGUAAUAUCAAUACUUUUUGAUGAAUAACAUUGUGAAUAUCGGGCAUCGGGCGAAAUGGUAUCGAUGAUUCUACUUCUUCUUUUUACGCGAAUGGUUUUUAAAUUCCUGAUAUGGGACGAUUGGGUUGGUUGAAAGGCAUGGAUGGAUGGAUUAUUAUAGGGUUAGUUGGAUGGACUUGGUCUUGAGUACGAGUACCCAGCUACCUAUACCUAUUUAUGCAGAUGGCGAAUGAAAGUUCGAUUGUGAAUUCGAUUUUGUGUGAAGGGUGUAUGUUUUGAUGUGAAUGAAGUUAUUUGAAGCA